AUGCGAAUCAAGGUCGUUGGCCGCGAUCCAGAAUCUGUACCGCUAUUUGACAACAUGCAAGAUACAGUUCAGUACUCAACGGCUGUCUCACCCGAAUGUAACGCGCUCCACCCCCGACUGGCCGAGGUCUCGCAAUCGCAAGAUCCCAGGGAACUGGCGGCAGACAAGGCAACGGCAAAACAGCUUUCAUUCUCUGAGGACGAGUUUCUACGCAACAUGAGCUUUAACAAGGCCAAGGGAAAGGCUAGCAAGGUCUUGAAUAAGCCAUCAGAUAUUGACCUUCAGCUCAACCAAAAUGAGCUUAUGGAAAUCAAGCGUAUGAUCAAAGAACAAGAUCCAACGUGCUGCUUUCCAAACCUGGAGGGCUUUGGUCAAACUAUCAUCAACACAGUCAUCUAUAAGCAUGCUUGUAUUGUCACUUCCAGGCUGGGACCAAUCGCUACAGCAUCGCCUCCUGCUAAACGCAUCAAGAAUCAAGAGACUCCUACCACGAAUGGAGGUUCAUGA